AUGCGUCACGAAAGGAUCACAUUGUUCUCACUCCUUGCUCUGAGCAAUGUAAAUGCAAUGUUCUACUACCCAAACGCACAGGUAUCUCUCCUCGAGCACAUAUUGGUCGACAACUGGGGCGCUUACGCAUCCAACUUUUCGACUGCCAUCACGCCUUGUACCAACUACGUGACCGAAGUGGGAGAGCCCGCCGUCAACUCGGGCCGCACGACGGCGGCGCAAUGGAUCCGCGUCGCGUUUCACGACUUUGUCACCAGAAACGUGACUGCGGGCACUGGCGGCAUCGAUGCUUCCAUUGGCUUUGAGACGUUUAGGGAAGAGAAUAAGGGGAGUGCCUUCAACGACAGCUUCACUUUCUGGCGGCCCUUUGUCAACGAACAUGUCUCGAUGGCGGAUCUUGUAGCGAUCGGGACCGUCAUGUCAGUAAACCUUUGUGGAGGGAAAUACAUCCCUCAUCGCCCGGGGCGGAUCGACGCUGUCCAUGCCGACUCGACAACAGGCGUACCAGAACCGAGCACAAGCCUGGAAGAUACACUUGAAGAAUUUGACAGAGCUGGCUUCAACCGGGAGGACGCCAUUGCAUUAACGGCUUGUGGGCACGCCAUGGGCUCGGUUCAUCACGGAGGAUUUCCAGAAGUAGUCCCAGAAUUAGCAGUGACCCCCAACAAUACAAAUGGAGGCGAGAAUUUCGACAGCAGUCGAGCAGUCUUUGACUCGCGCGUGGUUCACGAGUACAUUGACGGCACCGGGCAAUUGGGUGGCCCGCUGGUUUCGAGCUUCAAUGAAACCUCGCGCUCGGAUCUGCGACUGUACGAGAGUGACGGAAACAAGACGAUGAAGGGAUUGUAUGAGAUUGGCGAUGGCUUUCAAGACGUCUGCGUCGAUGUUUUGGGCCGGAUGAUUGAUACAGUGCCAACUGCUGCUGCACUACUCGAUCCCAUCACCCCGUUUUCCGUCAAGCCGAUCAAUGUCACCUGGGAUUUCGAUUCCAAUGACAAGUUGGUCCUGUCCGGUAUGAUCAGGAUCUUCUCGGAUAAUCACAACCCCACAGGCAACCCAACAAUCGAAAUCAACAGUCAAACACUACAGACAGAGCGGGAAGAAGACAAAGGUGCCACUAUUUUUGGAAGCACUGAAACGGGAGAAGAUGUCGUUUAUGGCGAAACGGCAUAUUAUUCCUUCUCGGCACCUGGCGACAAACUAGCGAAUGCAACGGCCCUCAGAAUCGUGGCUGAUUUUGAAGACGACGUCGUGGUUCCACUGUCCCUGGGACCCUUUAUCGUCCCUAGUCUCACAUUCUCAGAUGCGCAGAAAGUCAACUUUACGGUCGCAGUGCCUGGAGACUCCGAAGCAGCUACCAAGGCAGAUAUUACAGUAAAAAUCGUGGUACCUGCUCCGCAACCACUGACCCUGGGACCAGCAUUGGUAACCGGGACCGGGGCUUGGGAAGCAGAUUUGGACGAGCGGGACGGGUUUCAACUCUGGACUGGCACAUACGAUGCCGGUCAAAAAGCCACUGGGGCAAUUAGUCUGAAUCUCUUGCAAGGAGGCGUGGUUGUAGAUACACUGCUGCUCAAUGGUGGUGUUGGUGGAUGGUAA